AUGAAUGUAGUAGAAGAGAGGCACAGCACAAUUGUAGUAGAAGAGGUGUAUCAGAAUCCUCCACAGCAACGAAAUGGUGUGGCUCAGGGAUUUGUUAUCAAUAAUGAACCUUCAGCCCCUCCGCCUCCUCCACCGCCUCCUCCGCCGAUAACUGUCGUCAACACUAAUGUGUAUGUAAACCCUGGAGAAUACGUCAAAGAAGUCACAGGCUAUGUUGCUGUUAUAUCGGAACCUGAUCUUCCAUGUUGUGGUAUAGGUGUUGGCUGGUUUUUGUUUAUAGUGGGGUGGCUUCUUUGUGGCAUCCCUUGGUACGUUGGGGCAAUUAUUCUACUUUGUUCGAAAGUGGAUCCCCGUGAGAAACCUGGAUAUAUUGCCUGCUCCAUUAUUGCUAUUAUAGUUACAAUUUUAGCCAUCAUCAUGGCUGCAACAGGGAAAGAUUAUCAAUGA